AUGGCUCGUGUGUACAGUGGUAAGAAUGGUACUAUUCGUGUUGACUCUUCGGAUUUGAGCAGCAACACCACGUCCAAAUCAACCUCCUAAAACUUCCUACACACAAUUCUAAAUCAUCGUCUCACAAUCCUUUCUGAUAUCAAAGCAAAGCAACUAACUUACUACUAGUACUUUUGAACCUUUCAACAACCACCUCAUGGAUCAAUUCAACCAACUCAAGAGGGAGAUAGCGCAGAAUCGCUACGAGCAAGCGGCCCAAGAGGCUAAGAAGCGGAGGUUGGCAGCUCAGGUAUUUGCUUCCCAGGUAGGCACAGAGGCAAACAGCUACUUGCACUCCGGCAAUUUCAACCAUGGCGUCCCCGCUACUCCGGGUAUGGACUCUAUGGGCAUGGUAGGUCAUGGUUGUUAUGUUCCUUCAUUGCAGACCCCGAUGACCGCAUUGCACAAUGGGGUGGAUCCCCUUGCUGGUACGAGUAACAACAGACAACCUGCAAAUGUGUUUGGUGCAAGGUCUGAUCUUGCUAUGAUGCUGGACAGUCAGACUGCACCGCCGACUUUUCCACAUGCAGCGGACCUGUCUGAGCUUGUCGCGGGGGCAAGGCGCUUGCCUGGUGGGGGGCACGAUAAUCCUUUCCUGUCCACUCAAUCAGACAGACCGGUUUCAUCCCUGCUGCGGGGGAAUCAGACCGCGAAUGCCAUCGUCCGGUCGUCGCUGCUGUUCAAUCAGAUCGCACCUUCGGAGAACAACGGACAGCUUUACACUCGUCUUUCGGAAUCAAUGCGCGUUCAGAAAGAGAGGGCUAGUAUUCUGAACAAAGGCGCUUUUCUCGGUGGCUCCGUAGAGACUAACGGAACCUUCAGAGAUACCACACCGCCCGAUAACAACGGGCAACUCUGCACUCGUCUUUCUGAGUCGGUGAUUGCUCAGAGCGAGAGGCAUGUUCUAAGCAACGGUGCGUUUCGCAGUGGGAUCGCAGAGAGCUCCUCCGCCAGAGAGAUCAAUUCUUCCGACGAGCAGUUCUACUCUCGUCUUGCUGAAUCGUUGUGCUCGAAGGACAGACCCACGCCGAACAACAUCGUCUUUCCCAAUGGGUUCGCAGAGUCUUCGUUGUCAGAUAAUGCGACGAACACCUUGCUCUCCAGCGCAAUUCUGCUCGAGCCGCGGUUCUCACGUCGAAGUGAGCCCCCGAACACAUCCUUUGCAACUAAGAUUUCCUUAGAAGAGCAAUCCGUGUUUGAUGCCCUCAGCGCGACGACGUCGCACACUGGGACGGUCAACGCGUUUUGCCUUGCCCAGCCUCGUGGAGGCAUGCCAGGCACAACUGCUGCUAUGGUGCCUGGGACAGAGACUCAGGCUAAUCAAGACUACAUCCCACUCGGAAUCGAGGAGGACAAUAACUGGCUCUCGGAGAUGCAUUGCUUCCUUCGGUCAGAGAUCGUCGAGGUGUUUUAUGCAGAAAAGUACAAGGUUGCUGGACGCAGCAACGGCAAGGGGUUGUCGACCCAACAAGUCGGAAUCCGUUGUCGUUGGUGCGUGAACACACCCGCAGACUCCAGGGUGUGCCGUUCAUCUGCUUUCCCUUCGAGUCUUCGACAGUUAUAUCAAUCUUUUACAAUGAUGGUUCGUGACCAUUUCGGCCCCACCACCAUGUGCCAAGCGAUUCCUACCCACCUUCGAGAUCGGCUGAAUCACCUGCGUUGCAGUAGGGUCUCCCAGGGCGCAAGCGACUCAAAGCACUAUUGGAUCUAUGCGGCCAACAAGAUUGGAAUGGUGGAUACCCCCAAUGAAGGAAUCAAGAUCACCUCCGAAAGUCGGGCAGAAGGAUUGAAAAUGCCCACCUUUGGCUCUCCAUCAGUCGACAAAGAUGCAUGCAUCGAGAAGCCUGCUCCAUUGGUCCUCUUGGUGAAACCCAAUGACCUGUCCAAGACUACAAUGUUUUUGUAUACCCUCCUUCUGCAGACCCAAUCGGUGCAGCUCCAGCCGUCUGAACGAGUUGCGAAGCGCAAGACGUUGCCUCUUGGCUUGGAGGGAAUCGGAUGUCGGCAUUGUUGCGCUGCUAAGAGAUACGGGUUCAGUCGACGUUUCCCGCUGCGAAGGCGUUGUCUACCCGAAGAAGUGAAGGAUAUCCACUGUCACAUUAUGCGCUGUCCCUUGUGUCCAAGAGAAGUUAAAGAUAUGUUGGAGAAACUUCAUGUUCAACACGAAGCCGAAACAUUGUCGGCUACACGGAAAUUGGCGGAUGGUCGAAACAAGGAUCCACACAAGGAAUUCUUUGAUUUGAUCUGGGCAAGGCUUGGUCGCAGGGGAGAUAUCAAGACAUAAAAGAACAACUAGACCUCCAAGACGAUUGCACGGGUGUAUCGCUACCGAAAGUUGGUGCGUAUUUGAGUACGGCGUAUAUUAAUUAAAGAUAGAUACAUGUUUUCAAUUG